GAAGACUAUUCACUCGUUGCCAUGAAACUGAAGUGAGAAAAAGGAUAAGGAGCCAAACUGUGAGAGCUCUAAACCAAAAAUGAGCUUCACAUUCAACCUCCAUGUUCCCAAAGCUCUGCCUCCUCUUCCCUCUUCAUCACGUGGAACAACUUCUCUCUUCUUUUCUUCCAAGCACAAAUCAUACCACAACAACACUAGUCCUAGCCAAUCACUACGUAUAACAUGCAGCAGCCAGAAAUCAAAUCAUGAUGAUGAUGGCAGCCUAAAGUAUACAAGUUUGGCACUGCAAAUAGGAGUACUCUUGGCCUUGGCUGAGCAGCCAGUAUUGGCUGUGACUGGAGAGAAUAACCGGCCAGAACUCCUCUGGGUUUUGACACAAUGGGGGGUUGUUCUCUUUGGAUAUUUCCUUGUCGUGCCACCAAUAAUCAUGUACUGGCUUUGGAAAAGAUGGUACAGAAGAAACUUGCUGGAGAUGUAUUUACAAUUCAUGUGUGUCUUCAUUUUCUUCCCAGGGGUUAUUCUUUGGGCACCAUUUUUAAACUUCAGGAAAUUCCCACGGGACCCUUCCUUGCAGUACCCUUGGUCUGUACCUGAAGAUCCUUCAAAAAUUAGAAGUUCAUACGCAAAGUACCCAUAUGCCGAACCUGAAGAUUAUGAUAAUCUAUGAGAUCAAGACCAAAACACAACAAAUCAGAUGUUCUAUAAAUGUGCGGUUCCCCAAAACUACAUUGUUGUGAAUGUAGGGUUAUACCUGUUUUUCUGCUUUUGAUUACAAAAUGAAUAUAUUGAGUGGGAUUCAGUUGCAAAAUUUACAGGUAACCCUUCAAAAUGGCACUUUCUAUGUGGAAUAAUAUGGUUUGAAAUCCGUAAAA